AUGGGUUUCGGAGACGAUCUGAUGCUGCAGCUCGACAUGGCCAUUACGGGCAUUUUGGGCGAGUGGAAUCACUACUCGACCGCCAUAGCCGCUGGCAUUGUCAGCUUCUUGCUCUAUCAAAUGUUCACCACCCGUGAUCCAGAUGCGCAUCCUAUGCUCCUGUCCCGCCAGGCACAAGCCUCUCCUGUCAGACAACCUGGCGAGUCUGCUGUCUUCCGAUCGCAGGCGGCUCCUCACGGCAUUCCUCUAAAUUCUGGGCUCGGUGUCAAGGACCCGGGUGAUUCAAAAUGGGCUAGAGGACGGGAUGGAGAUCUGAGAGAUAUCUGGAGAAAGGUCGUGACUGGUGUCCAGGAUAAAGAAGGCAACGAGACAGGAGAACAUGGGAGGAUCAUGACAGUACUGGGUACUGAGAACGUCGUCGAGCAUGAUAUAGCCGGGAUUACUCGACAAAUAAACCUAAUCGGUGAACAUCUGAAGCAGAAUGGAGGCAAGAACGUUGCUAUAUAUCUUCCAAACUCGAUCGAAUUUCUUGCGGCGCUCUUUGCAUGUGCCUUCUACGAUCUGACUGCCAUUCUUGUGCCCUACGAUCAACCUCUCGAGACCAUCGUCUCGCUCCUUCAAAAGUCCAAAGCUGAUGCCAUUAUUGCUGCUGUUGGGUCCUUUCCUUUUGAUGUUAUCACGAAGAGUCAUCCCAGCCUCCAACAGCUUAUAUGGGUUGUGGAUGACGGCAGUAAGCACAUGGAUUGGAAUGAAGUUCCUACUGGUACCGGAGGAGCUAUAAAUGUUUCAACUUGGUCGGAAAUCAUUCAGGAGCAGAAUGCGGCAGCAGGGACUGAGUUGCCAACUGUCGAUAGAACCGUCAAACCAAAGAACGUGAUAGCUUUCUGGCCCUCUGGGGAGAUGGUUGAGUAUACUCAGGCAAACCUGAUUUCUGGCAUUGCUGGUCAACUCACCUCGAUACCAACCACACAACGCAUGACGCACGCAGACCUAUUUCUCCCUGCAGAUUCAUUGACGACAAUUUAUCCUUUGGUCUUAACUCUUGGAGCACUCUUCUCCAAUGCCUCUGUGGCAUUGAAUUCUGUGGCUGGCCGAAGUCCGGAUCUUGUCACUGCUACUGAAGGAGUUGCGCCGACCAUCGUCGUCGCUUCACCUUCUACUCUCGCCCAGACCCACUCAGAGACUGCGGCCAGAUUGAACUCGCCCAUUUACCGCCUCGUUCACUGGUUCGAGACCCGCUCGCUCGUCCAAGAUGGUGUUAUGCCAAUCACGUCGGUACUUAGGGUAAUCUAUGCUCUCACAGCACCCCAGGUUGCUGGCGCGGUCACCCAAACCGGUCUUUACGACUACCGACUUGAUGAUGAGAAGACAAAAUACUCUCAUUUUGGUGCUCCAGUAACAAGCGUUGAGGUCUUUUUCAAGGAUACCAAAGAGCACAAGACGACAGACUAUUCCUCUGCCGGAGAGAUUAUUGCCCGAGGUCCCGCUGUUGUUGGUGGCGAGGCCGCUCUCGGAAUUGUUGGCAAAAUGAAGGCUGAUCAUACAUUGGCUCUGCUGUGA